AAUGGGCCGUAAGAGGCGCUGUCAAGCUGCUCUUCGUUAUACAAUAAUAAUUACUCAGGAAUUGCGCUUGCCAGAGGGAAAUUAUGAGUGAAAUUGCAGAAGCGCAAAGUGUUAUUACUGAGCAGGAGCGAGAGUUGGCUCAAAAUGUGCUGUCGGAAUUCCAAAAGAGUUGCUACCCUUCGUGCUUGUCGUACUUGAACAAGCUGGAGAGCCUCAGGCCUACCGAUCUCAAAGUUACACACAAUAAAGUCGUAGUGGAGUAUUAUAAGAGUGACCUCAGGAAAACUGAGCUGACCCGCAAGAGCUUGAACGCUAUAUGCGGCCAGAUAUCAACGACGGAUUCUCACGAGGCUAUCGACGACGUCGACAAGUGUGUUAUUAGAUAUAACCAAGCCGUUUUACUCUAUCACACUAAGCAGUAUAAUGCUGCCCUUCAAAUCAUGACUAGGCUCUUUGCCUUUAUCGAGCCAAUGGAAGAAACUUUGGCGCACAAGGUUUCUCUGCUACUCAUCGAAUUGUACAUAGUAACGGAGCAACCAGACACAGCUCUGUCUCUAUUAAAUUAUGUCGAGAGCCAGUUUAUAUCUACCGACAAUUCCAAGCUAACGUCCGUCGAGAAAGAUGGAGUAAUGAAAUCUAUCAAGGAGCAAAGAGAGCAAAAGAAAGAUGCUGGCGACGCAGCGACGGAUGCAUUCAAGAUUAAGCUCUUCAAGUAUAAAGCGAGAAUAUUUCUUUUGACUCAUCAAUUGAAACUUUGUAAGAAAGAAUGGAAGACGUUAGUUUCAUUGGGCAUAGUGAAUACAUCGACAAUCUUGUUGAAGGCUCAUCUCGAGUAUUUACGAGGAAAUUACGAAAAGGCAAUACAAUUUUUGAAUUCUAAAAUGAAAGAAAAUUUAGAUUUUAAAUUAUGUGGGGAAUCUUCGGCUGUUUUGUUUUAUAACAAUAUGGCAUGUCUGAAUCUCGCAAUGGGUAAGCCGACUCUAGCUUGUUCUUACCUUCAGACAGCUUUACGUGCAAAUAAAUGUGCGUUGGAGAGCAUGCAAGUCAAAGACACUGAUCCGUUGUCUUCUCAACCGUUGUACACGCUCGGGGGCAAUAAACACUACGAGUUGAUGUAUAGUUUGGGUGUAUCAUUGUUGUACGCUGGUAAACCGUCAAAAGCCUUUGAUUGCUUCACAGAAGUAGCACAAAAGGUACACAAUAAUCCCAAACUCUUCCUCAGAAUGGCAGAAUGCUGUAUCUACAGCCAUAAACAUUCGAACGAAGUUGAUUUCGAUAUUCCAAAACGGCGUAAAGAUUUGGUGCAGAAGAUAAUAAGUUGUGGUAUUCAUAAGAAAAUCAUACUAGCCACGUCUCUUUCGAAGGACGUUGGAUAUCAUUCGGAAGGCCUAUCCUAUGCUAUUCCACAACCAACGUUGGAAUUUGGCUAUUUGUGUCUGAAGAAUGCAUUACUUUUACUACCAAACAAUAAUGAGCUGAACGUACCUGUAACAACUAUGGCGAAUUCAGUCUCGCUAUCGUUAACAUCUGGUCACAAUUUAGGUAUUCAACAUGUAACGCUAAUGUCGCGAGCUACAGCUAUCGAAUCUUUCAACUUAAAAAUUAGUGUCUUGGCUGCUAGCGCUUAUGUCUCUUUGUGUCUUGGAGAUUAUAUACUUUCUCUCGAACAUGCAAAGGCAUUGUUAAGCUUCAACAAGUUGCCGGGUGCAUAUAAACUACUAGGUAACUUGUAUGCCGCUGAAAGUUUGAUAUUCAUGGACAAACUUAGCGAGGCAUUCGAGUACCUCAAGCUAGAAGAUCUUCAAGAUUUACAUACAUUUAUAUCUAUGCCUGAAAUUCAGGAGAAGGAUAAAGAAAAGGUGGAGGAAGUCAUGGUAAAGCCUGUAAAAGCGUGGUAUCCUACAACAGUUUCUACAGGCACUGCUGUAAUACGUUACAACUUGGCUGUGGCUUAUGCCAUACGAGGUGAACUAGACAAAUCUGGAGAAACCUUGAAACAAAUAUGGAUGUCGAAAGAACCAGAUUGUGAUAUACCUAUACAAGUGAUAAUGUUGGCCUUGUAUAUAGAGCUACAAUUAGGUCAUGCUGACGUUUCAAAAUCAAUAAUAAAACAACAUUGUCCACAGUAUCGUUAGCAAUCGAGAUAUAUGUCGAUUUGGAACAUAUACAUUUAAGUAUUUUUUAUUUAUCGAUGCGAGAAUGUCAAAACUUUUAUAACAUCUUUCUACAUGAUUAUAUUUCUAAGAAUAAUGAAUUGUUGAAAUUAUUGAAAGAGAAAGAAAAAAGAGGAGCGAGUCGCAUACAAGUAACACUCUCGAGGUAGAUAUUAGAUCGAUACUAAUUUUAUUUUAGAUAGAAUCGCACUUUACGCGCAUUAUAAUAAAAUACGAUGUAGUUGGUUUAGCAUAAAGUAAAAAUGACCUUUUCUCAAUUAUAAAAUUAGAAUUUUAUCCAUUACUCGUUUUCUAGGUAUAUCGGGGUUAUCUUUCUUCUUCUAAAGAAUUAAACUACGUGGCACUUUUUCAUCGAUAAGUCGAUUCAUUUCGUUAGUAAUAUUGUUGGGGGGGAAAAAAGGUACAUUUCGUAUAAAAUGAUAUUAAAUUGCUUUCCGAAUGCCGCAAGUAUAUUUUACAAGAUAUUGCAUAUUCUCGGUAGCCUUGUCUUGCUUAAUUAUUGUCGAAUAACUCAAGUUUAGCAAAUUUUGACUACGUGACACGGGCUUUGCACUCGAGACGAUUUCAAAUAUGAUGAUGAACAAACUAUGUACGACCACGUUUACACGUCAUUCGGUUUUAUCUGGUUUUUAUGAUACGAAAAAAAUACACAUAUAAUUUUACAGCCGUUGACGAAUAUACUAUAUGUUUACGUAUAGUGGUGCUCUAUACGUUUACAUGUGCGUAGUGUAUAUAACUUUGAAAUAUCGCGAGUUUGCUUUCGCUAUAUUUCGUUGAAGAAGAACCAAGUUGCAUGCAUCGUAGGUUACGAUAAUUCGUAAAUGCAGCAAAUGUGGUGAAACAGAUGUAGACUUGUAAAGAAUCGUGCAAGUAUUGAGUUGUAAUUCGAGAUAAAAUGUGUUUCUCUGAGAAAAGAAUUCAUUAAAGGUGGCGUCAUCCCCCCAAACAAGUCUAUGUAAAUUCAUUGUAUGCCAAUUAAUCUGUCGAAAAACGUAACGUCGCUUGAUAUAAAUGAAAUGACAAUGAA